AUGGCUGGGUUGCAAAGAUCGGCUGUUUCAUUCCGCAGACAAGGCUCCUCUGGACUUACAUGGGACGACAAAUUCUUGUCAGGUGAAUUGAAACAGCAUAUAAACUAUAAGUACGAAACUACUAAAUGUAACAAAGCUUCUCAUUCCAAGGGACAACCCAAAGAGGAGAAUAUGCUGGUGAAGGCUUCAUCAAUAACCGUUGGAUCAACGGUGAAGAGCCGAUCCAACGGCACCAGCAGAGUGUCACCAGCUAUAGAACCGCCGUCUCCUAAGGUAUAUGGAUGUGGAUUGUGUAGAGGUAUUGGCAAAAAAAGUAAGUCGCGUCGUGGAAUUCCGUACGGUAAGCGUGCUUUGUGA